AUGACACAAGUAGUGCAAAAAGAUAAAAGAGACAUACACCUUUCCAAAGCCUUAUCAUAUCUGCUUCGACAUGCAGCAGUGAAGGAGAACUUGACGAUUGACUCAAACGGUUAUACACCAGUGAAAGAACUAUUGACCCAUAAUAGAUUGAAAACUCACAAGUGUACAGUGGAUGAUAUUCAUCGCAUUGUAAAGGAAAAUGACAAACAACGCUUCCAUAUAAAAACGUCAGGAGCGGGCGAAGAAUGGAUCUGUGCUACCCAGGGACAUUCAAUCAAAUCUAUUCAACCAUCAGAUGAGGUUCUUGUACCAAUUACUGAAGCAUCACAGCUACCGCAGGAACUGAUUCAUGGAACGAAUCUUCAAUCUACCAUAAAGAUUAUUGAGUCAGGCGCAAUAUCACCAAUGAGUAGAAAUCAUGUCCAUUUGUCACCGGGGAUGUUACACGCAAAGGGAGUUAUCAGUGGAAUGCGUUCUUCAAGUAGCGUUUAUAUUUUUAUUGACCUCCGUUCUCCUUUAUUCUUUCAAACUUUGAAGCUGUUCAGAUCGCUCAACAAUGUUUACUUAAGCAGCAGUAUCCCUAUUCAAUUGAUCGAAAAAGUCGUAGUGAAAGAAAACCUGAAGGACGAAAAAAAUUUAGAUACGUUAAGAAGAAUUUUACACGAAAGAAAUAUACCGCUCGAAAAAAUGUAA